CUUAUUCCGAUGCGGUUUAAAUGCGUUCUAUAUGUGAACGCGCAUAACGGUUCCAGUAACGGUUCUGGAAGGAGAUGGUCGUUAAAUGAUUGAUUAUUUGAUUUGACAAUGAUGGAUGUGGAGUUUGAUAGAUCUCUUCUCAGAGUCCACAUUAACUACAAUAACUUCCCAGCUAAGCUGUGGCGUUUGAUAAACAGUCCCCAAAACGACUCAGUUUUCUGGAGCCCAAAUGGAGAGAGCUUGAUUGUCGACCAGCAGCGGUUUGAGGAUGAACUGCUGUCACCAGUCAAAGAAGAUGCUAAACUAUUCAAGACCAGCAACUUCACCAGCUUUAUCCGGCAGCUCAACCUGUAUGGCUUCCGGAAGGUUUACGACGUGCCUUUCAGGGACAGAACCCGAAACCUGCACCAGUUCCACAAUCCCUACUUCAAACAGGGUCGGCCGGAGCUUCUGGUGCAUAUGAAGAGGCUCACACUCGGUAACAAGGCCAAGAUGCAGGCCGGAGAGGAGGUGACCUCUCGUCGUCCACGCCAAAACCAGUCUCAACACAAAAGAGGUUCUGUAUCUCAUCAGCAGAAGGGGUCUGAGCGAAGCCCGAUCCCUCCGCUCCACUGGAUAUUUCCUUACAGUGAUGUGCCUCCCUUCUACUCUAACAACGGCGUCCCGGUGUCUGUCAUCCGCUUCAAUCCGUACAACACUCCUCAAAUGGUUCAGUCCAAUCCCUGUGCUCUGUUUCCACAGGAGCCUAAAUAUAUACCCCAUCAGCUGUCCUAUCCUCCUGGAUUUUACUCUCAAGUAGUUUGUCCGUGUUGCACCACUGGUUUGUUUGAAGCAGAUCGAGCAGGUAGAGAUCAAACACCUCUGCCAUAUUCACAUUAUGCUUAUUACCCGCAGAACUAUCCAGUGAGCCACCAUUACAACAGCAUCCAAACCACAAAUUGGCCCGCACGCCUUACGGCUGAGUGUCAGAUGGGCGAGGUGAACCUCGACAGGGUGUUCCAGAUAGUAGAUGAGUUCCAGGGUUUGCCCAACGUCCAUGUAGUCAGAAUGGGCACCCCUGUGAAAGGCCAGCACACCUCCAGCCCUUCUCUCUACACUUUACCUGCUGCCUCCAAACCCGAACCUGACAGUCCUCAGAGCUCCAGGAUCGACACUGCGGCAUCCAGUCCUACGAGAGACGAGCGUCCCUCUCCAGUGGCCUGCGGUGUGGGCACUCAGUACAUCAAACUGGAGUCUGAGGGACAUGAUGUGGAGAAGCAAGAUGCCAGUCAACUCAGAGAAGAUGAUUCGGCAUCUCUGGAGGCCUCAGAAAAGGCUGCUACAGAUCAGAAAGUGACUCAGGAAAGCAUCAGAAACUGACAGCAGAGCAAGACUCACUGCAGGUGCUUUAGGAUCCACAGACGAUAGGCAGGAUUAAUCAGCAUAUGCAAAUGACAAGCAUACAUGUGCUAAGUUAUUAAAAUUGUAAU